UCUGCUGCCUGAGUAAUUCCUUUUGAAACCAGAUAAUUUAACGCAUUGUUUUGAGAAGGGUAAGUGUUUUAGAGUCCGACGUGGAUGUUUAUUUACUUAAUUAAAUGUUUUACAAAAACACAGUUAUACUUUAUACUAUGAGGGCAGCGAGCCUUUUUCUUUGUUACCUCUUAUUUACGCGACAGAAUGCACUUCGGACCCCGCCUUGUUAGAAAGUUCGUGAUGGAUUCGAAAUCACGACGACGGUCUCACUCCAAGUCCAGAAGUCGGAGCCGGGAUCGGCGGUACAGGCCCAGAUUGAGCAGGUCUCGAUCUCCGGAGGAAAGGAGAGGCCGCAGUCGGUCUGCGGACACGAAAAGAACCGCCCGUGGACGGGGACGGUCGGGCAGCAGGGACUCCAGCGAUGGCUCUCCUGGCCGACGACGGCCUCAACACAGGGACCGUCCAGAUUCCAGGAGCGGCUCGGAAAGCGACAGGAGGCGAGUACCACACCGUCCCAGGACCAAGUCGAGGGCUCGAUCAUCAAGUUCUGAUUCAGAUGAUCCCAAUGUGAGGGGGAGGAGAAAGGAAAUGGAGAACCGGGUAGGAACAUCUCGAGAGAGGAGAAGGGGAAGGUCCCAGCCCAGCCCGGACUCCCGUGAUGGAAGCAGCGACAGAGAAAAGAGAAGAGGGAGAAGUCCUGACAGAGGGAGUCCAGUCAGAGACAGCCAGAGGAAGGAGCGAGACAGAGACAGAGAGAGGUGGAAGAGCAACAGCAGAGACAAGGAAAGAACAGGACACGGAGACAAAAGCCGUGAGCGGAGGAAGAGGAGUGAAGACAGGGAGCAAGGGAGGAGUGUGAGAAGCAGAGAGAGGACCAACAGAGACAGAGGGAGGCAGCGCUCCAGUUCACCCGAGUCGUCUGAUAGCUCAGGGUCUGAUCGUGGGGGUCGUGCAGUCAAAGAGAAGGAGGAGAAGAAAAAACAGAGGGAGGCGAUGAAAGCUCUGGAGACACCAGAGGAGAAGAGGGCCAGAAGACUGGCAAAGAAGGAAGCAAAGGAGAAGAAAAGGAGAGAAAAGAUGGGCUGGAGUGAGGAGUACAUGGGAUACACCAACGCAGACAAUCCCUUUGGUGACAACAACUUGUUAGGAACAUUCAAAUGGCAGAAGGCGUUGGAUAAGAAAGGCAUCGGCCAUCUCGGAGAAAAAGAGCUUAAAGAAAGGAACAAAUGUAUUCAGGAGGAGAACCGCAGAGAGCUGCAGAAGGUGAAGCAGCUGCGUCUGGAGAGAGAGCGAGAAAAGGCCAUGAGAGAGACGGAGCUGGAGAUGCUGCAGAGGGAGAAGGAGGCAGAGCAUUUCAAGACCUGGGCCGAACAGGAAGACAACUUCCAUCUGCAUCAGGCCAAACUCAGGUCUAAGAUUAGAAUCCGCGAUGGUCGUGCCAAGCCUAUUGACCUUUUGGCGAAGUACAUCAGUGCAGAAGAUGACGAUCUUGCUGUGGAGAUGCAUGAGCCUUAUACAUUUCUCAACGGGCUAACCGUCACCGACAUGGAUGACCUUCUGGAGGACAUUAAGGUGUACAUGGAGUUGGAGCAAGGGAAGAACGUGGACUUCUGGAGAGACAUGACGACCAUCACUGAAGAUGAGAUCGGCAAACUGAGAAAACUGGAGGCCUCUGGGAAAGGACCAGGUGAUCGCCGUGACGGCAUCAACACAGCCGUGAGCACUGAUGUACAGACGGUGUUUAAAGGAAAGACAUACAGCCAGUUGCAGGCGCUGCACCUGAACAUAGAGUCGAAGAUUCGGGCUGGAGGAUCCAAUCUUGAUAUCGGUUACUGGGAGAGUCUGCUGCAGCAAGUCCGAGUAUACAUGGCCAGAGCAAGGUUGAGAGAGCGACACCAGGAUGUGCUGCGUCAGAAGCUGUUCAAGCUGAAACAGGAACAAGGAGUGGAAAGUGAACCUUUGUUCCCCAUCAUCAAAGAGGAGCUGAGGAGCGAUGACGACGAUGAGGAGAGAGCAGAAGGGCAAACAAGGGCGACAAUAUCAGAAGAGCCUGGCCAGUCUUCAUCCUCCUCCACGAGAAAUAAGAACAGAGAAACAGAAGAGGAGGCAGGUCCAUCAACAUCCACAACAAGAAACCAAGAUGGGGAUUCAGGAGAAAAGGGUGGCAAGAAGGAUGAAGAGAAGGGCGAGGUGGUGGAGGCCGUGUUAACGGAGGAGGACCUGAUCCAGCAGAGCCAGGCGGAAUACGACUCUGGUCGCUACAGUCCCUCACUGCUCAGCUCCUCCGAGCUGCCGCUGGACUCGCACACGAUCACACCAGAAGAGGACACACACAGGCUGCAGUUAGCACGCAGACAGCUCCAAGUCACCGGCGAUGCCAACGAGAGCGCCGAGGACGCCUUCGUACGUCGUGCCAGAGAGGGCAUGGGCAACGAUGAGGCCCAGUUCAGCGUGGAGUUUCCCGUCACGGGGAAGAUGUACUUGUGGGCGGACAAAUAUCGUCCCAGGAAACCCCGCUUCUUCAACAGGGUCCACACAGGCUUCGAGUGGAACAAAUACAACCAGACACAUUACGACUUUGAUAACCCUCCGCCCAAGAUCGUCCAGGGUUACAAGUUCAACAUCUUCUACCCGGACCUGAUCGACAAGCGCUCCACCCCGCAGUACUUCCUUGAGCCCAGCCCCGACAACAAGGACUUUGGGAUUUUAAGGUUCCACGCAGGCCCUCCGUACGAGGACAUUGCUUUUAAGAUUGUGAACAGGGAGUGGGAGUACUCUCACCGACACGGCUUCCGCUGUCAGUUCGCCAAUGGGAUCUUCCAGCUGUGGUUCCACUUCAAGAGGUACCGCUACAGGAGAUAGAGGCCACAUACCAGGAUGGACCAAGACCCCAGUCACUGGGUUUCAACCAUACGUGGUAUAUUAUAUAGGCUGGACAGUCAAUGUGCUUUGUUGUAUUCUUUGUAGCUGCUCUCACACCAAAAAGCAGUUUGUUAAAGCUACAAAUCACUCUGUACUGUUGUCUGAAAAAGUCAAUUGUAAUGUAGUCUGAAAAUUACACAUUAAAGAUUUUUACUUUUACCUUA